AUGAUUGGGGUCCUCAUCGCUGCUCUGGCGCUGGCCUCUGGGGCCUCCAGUUGUGGGGUCCCGACCUACAAGCCCAACGUCAGCAGAGUUGUUGGAGGGGAUGAUGCCAAGUCAAACAGUUGGCCCUGGCAGGCUUCCCUUCAAUACUCUUCCAGUGGGAACUGGCGUCACACAUGUGGUGCAUCCCUCAUUGCGACCAACUGGGUCAUGACAGCCGCUCACUGUAUCAGUUCUUCUCAGACUUACCGCGUCUACCUUGGAAAGCACAAUCUCGUGGCCAGCGAAAAAGGAUCGGUUGCCAUCGCCCCAGCAAAGAUCAUUGUCCACCCAAAGUGGGACGCGAGUAAAGUUUCCAAUGGGAAUGAUAUUGCCCUCAUCAAACUUGCUGCCCACGUCACCCUGAGCGACAGCAUCCAGCCAGCUUGCCUCCCCAAGGCCAACAGCAUCUUAGCCGCCAACUUUCCAUGUUACGUAACAGGAUGGGGAAGGUUGAUAACAAAUGGUCCGUCCCCGGAUAUCCUGCAGCAGGGGCGCCUGCUCGUGGUGAAUCACGCCACCUGCUCCCAGCCCAGCUGGUGGGGUAGCACGGUGAAAACCAGCAUGGUCUGUGCAGGCGGCGACGGGGUGAUCUCCAGCUGCAAUGGGGACUCUGGUGGCCCACUCAACUGCCAGUCCUCCAGCGGGAAAUGGGAGGUGCACGGCGUGGUCAGUUUUGGUUCUUCUCUUGGCUGCAAUUACUACCGCAAGCCAUCUGUUUUCACGCGGGUCUCCGCUUUCAACGACUGGAUCUCACAGGUGAGCAACACACCUCCGGGCAGAUCUCCAGGCCUUGCUGCUUAA